UGAUACGAAUUUUUUAGGGCACAAUCUGCAGAUGAGAUGGAUCGUAUAACAAAUGGAUCGUCAGUCAGAUGAUAAGUGGAGUUUUAGUAUCGGGGCAGCUGUUGGAUUGAGACGAAAAGCUCUCUCGUCGUUCCUCUCUGUUGAUGAUACUUUUUUUUAUAUAUUUCCAAUAUAGAAGAAAUGACUGAGAUCGAGUGGUUUGCAAGACCAGUUGAUUAUGAAGUGGUAAGGACUGUGGAUUUAGAAGAGACAGGCGAUCAUCCACUCAAACCUGUCACUGUCACGGUCAUUGAUGGAAAAAGUGGUAUCAGGCGUAGUACUUUGAGAAGUGCCACUAGUACCAGUUCCUCCACAAGAACUCCAACACCUACGCAAACAAAUGUUCCUGUCAACGUUACUUCAUUUGGAGAUCCUCUGUCCAGCCACUCAUCAUUUGAUGGCUCUGAUCCUCUCACGCAGUUUGUCAAGGAGGAAAUGGAUCCUCUUUCUAAAAUGGCUUCGGACGAAUGGGACUACUCAGCUAAUGCAUCAGCUAUUGGUAGAAAAGCGAAAGACAAAAUUGAUGAAUUAAUCGAGCCGUGGUCAUCGAGACGUAUUGCCAUUCUCAAUAAGUACACAACAUUAGAAAAGUUAUCUAUUGUUACUAGUUUUUUACCUGGUGGAGAAAAAGUCAUAAUGAAAGUCCAACCAAGCGGGUCAGUAGUGGACAAAGUCAAAACAAGACUAGAGCAACUAGAUGACUUUGAGGAUGGUUCAGUGAGACAGAUGCACGGUCUAACACAGCAAGAGUACGUGGUAAGAAUCGAACAGUUAAAUAAUGAACUUGUAAAUGCUUGGAACUCCGAUCAUCGUGUCAAGGCAUUAAAAAUCGCCAUUCAGUGUGCAAAAUUAUUGGUAGAUACCUCAGUGACAUCAUUUUACCCAAGUAAAUUUGUCCUUAUCACAGAUAUUUUGGAUAUUUUUGGUAAAUUAGUAUUUGGAAGGUUAAAAGUAAAAUCAGAGUACAUAAAACCCGGAAGUAAAACUCCAACAAGUUUACCAGAUAAUUUUACUCCUGACAUGGUACCAGAAAAUGCAAAAGAGACAUGCCAAAAUUGGUUUUACAAAAUUGCGUCAAUAAGAGAACUUGUACCACGUCUUUACGUUGAAAUGGCAAUUAUAAAAUCAUAUAGUUUUUUAACAGCUGGUAAUUUUAGCGCAGUUUUGAUACGCAUAACCAGAAUGAUUCGGGGAAUCGGUGAUCCAUUGGUAGCCAUUUAUGCCAGGUGUUAUCUGUGCCGGGUGGGCUUUAAUUUAAAAACACGUGACAUGGAUUACGUGAAAGAAAACUUGUACGACUUUCUCUUUACGUACAAGCAACUUUUUGCUCCAUCCAUUGAAAGUUAUUUGGAUAAGCAAAAUCUAGCUCCCCACGCGUAUUUAAAUCUUUACACACCUGCAUUAGACUGGAUUUUACAAAUCAUAUCUGCUACAGACAAUGAAAAUCUUUUGACGGAGGUUCUUAAUCGAUGUAAGCAACAACCCAACAGUGCGCUGUUGUUGAACGCAAUUUUAAAUUCCUACAAAUCAAUGUAUAUAGUACCUCGAUCGAUGGAAUUUCUUAAUCUAAUCGAAGCAUGCCAAGACAAUGGGUACCCACAACAUUAUUUGUACAGAAGUCUGGGCGAAUGUUUGAUACGCGAGGCGCCAUCCAAAGAAGAGUGUCAAGUGAUUUUGAAUUCUGUAUGGAAGUAUAUGAAAAGUUUGAAGGAAUCGUCGAGAUUCAUGCACACAAUGGAAGUGUGGAUACAGUUUGCUGUCAUUCAUUUUUCGGCUAGUGAAAUUAACUUAUUUUUGGGCGAAAUAAUCAAUCACUUAGGACCGAGUAGAACGUUUGAAUAUUUUUAUCCGCAGUUGCAAAAUAUUGCCGAAAAAAUUGUUGCCUAUACUCAAGAUUUCGAUUCGCUUUUAACAAUGGACAACUUUUUACCAUUACUAGAUCUUUUUCAAAAGGAAAGCAUCAAAGUUGAAGUUUGUAAAACAAUCGUAGAAAGCUUGAGUAAGCAAAACAAUCCGAUUGUGGAUCCAAUCAUGAUAAACGCUCUUAUGUUCAUAAUGAGGGUAAUGCACGACUCGGUCAGGUACAUACUUUUUUCUCCAACAUUGAUUACUUACACGUAUGACAUGCAUAUAAUGACGAAACAUUGUAGCGCACUUACAGUAGAAGACGAGAAACGACAAAUUGGCCAAUUGAUAUGUGGGCUCAUUCUCAGGGUCGAUUACGGUCGAGAUUUCGAAAAGCAACUGAAUUUUUACGUGGAAGCCCGGGCUGCCUUUCAUAAUCUCGACGUUGUGCAUGCUCAGCUUGUACAGUGUGUAAAUAGAUUAUCCGUGGAUACGAGAAAAAUAGUUCGAGGCCACCAUACCAGAAGAACUUCUGCGUUCGUGAGAGCUUGCGCUGCAUUUUGUUUCAUCACGAUACCCUCGCUAACUGGGGUUCACACAAGACUUCAGUUGUACUUAUUGUCAGGGCAAGUCGCUCUUCUCAAUCAGUGUUACGGUCAAGGUGAGACGGUUUGUUUUGCAGAUCGUUUUAUAACUAACUUUGUAGCUGAUAAACUUGAAAAUAUCUUUGACAGCCGAUGCGUGCUUCAAGGCAGCCUUGAGUUUGGUGCCGGAAAUGCCAAAAAAUCUGGAAAUCGAUGGAAGAAACCAAAGUUCGGAACCAUACUUGCUCUCUUACCUCUCGAAUUUUCUCUCUACUCUGCUCGUAGUUCCGGUAUGAGAUAUUUAUCAUUCGUGGUUCUUUUAUUACACGUUGAUUCGAUUCGAGAUAAUCAAAUACAUUGUUCGUCCUUGCAUCAAAUUCGUCAACAGGAUAGUCCAGAACACGGAGUUUUGUAUUUAAUGCGAGGCCUUCUCAAUGCGGUUCAGCGCUAUUUUGACGACACUAGCAUGACCAAGUCUCAUCUUUACUUACGCGUACUCGAUCUUUUAUCCACGAUAACACAAGAUUGUUAUCCUUACCACAUAGAUAAGGUCGAUUCCAACGAUAAACUUUACGGAUCCGAUGAAAAAUUCGUAAAUGAAGUCAAUAAAAUGUGUUCGAAAGUUCUGGAGGAACUGUUGAGUCACUUGAAGCUACUCGGGCAAACUGAGCAGUUUGAAAAACAAGCUGGCCUCGCUCUCGAGCUCUUUGUACACGUGAUCAUCAGAGCGGAUUUGACGAAACCGUCGAUGUCGCACAUCGCCGUUAAUUUGUGGAAUUUAUCCCAAAAGCACGGAGCACUCGAUCAAAAAGUUAAAAUAAAAACAUUGGAGUAUGUUGUACGAAAGAGUCAAUCGCCGGAAUUCGAACACAUUGCCGAGAUGUUGAAAAAAAUGUCAAAGUAGGAACAAGGAAGAUUUUUGUACAGCUGAUAUGUGUAAGUGUACAGUGCAGAAUGUUAACUGAAGG